AUGAUAUUAAUUUAUAAUACACAAUCAACUGGAGAUCAGAAGAAAAUUGAUGAAAUUGUAGCAACAGUAAAUGUUGUAAACCAAAUUCUAUACGCAGUAAUGGGAACAAUUAUUGGUCAAAUCGCAACUGAAACUAAUUUUUCUCCUGAAUCCUUAAAGGACGUUAUGUUACUAGACUGGUUUGAUCUUGCUGAUUAUCCAAUUUCUUGCAUUGCUGAAGCAUUAUUUACUCUGUAUCAUUUCAUAAAUUCCACAUAUGAUACGAUUGAAGAUGCUGCUGUUGCAGCCAAAGCAAGUCUUGAAGCAUCACCAUAA